UUACAAACUUUACCGAAGGUACGGAAUCAUUGUUGAGAAUGUUUGCAUUUGUCCAGUGUUUUAGAUAGAUUUAGCUAGUUAAGUUUACUGUAGAUAACACGUUAGCUUAAGCACAGCCUCCUACGAUGCUGAAAAAAGCGGCAGACUUGUUGCAUCCCGGCCUGCUAACAAAUGUUUUACAGCAAGGAGAAAUCAUUUCUCGGUUUCAAGCCAUUCCUAGCCUACGUUUAAACAAGGAACCGGUAAAAAAAGAAGCAUCGAUAUUGAUUCCCCUGUGCCUUAUAGACGACAAAAUCAACCUGCUAUACACUGUACGUUCCAGCAAAUUGCGGAACCAUCGAGGGCAGGUUUCUUUCCCUGGUGGCAUGAAGGAUACAAGAGAUUCUAGCUAUGAAAGCUGUGCGGUUCGAGAGUUUGAAGAAGAAACAGGCAUUUCGAAGAAUUCCGUCAACGUUUGGGGCCGUGGGAAAACUAUAAUUCCCUACUUUGGACCAUCCAUUACACCGAUUGUAGGAAAUAUUAUUGAUUUUUCUUCGGACCAACUAAGGCCAAGCUCUGAUGAGGUUGCCAAGGUAUUUACGGUGCCUAUCGAAUCCUUUGCGUGUGCCGAAAACCGUAAGCACACCCAAUUUCGGGCUAAUUACACUAUGCCCGUGUUCCAGAAUGGAGAUGAUACCGUGUGGGGUAUUACGGCAAUCAUUACCCAUAUGUUUCUUAUCGCAUUGCUGCCGGGUGCGUACACUGCUCGAUUACCAUUUAUAAAGAAAUACGAAGCUAAACCGGCGAAACAGCGGUGAUAUAAACUAAACCAAACGCAAUAAAAUAAAACAUUCUUUCGUUUUAACAUUUAA